AAUACGAACUGGAAUCAUCCGUUAUUUUUCGCGUAUUACCCGGCAGCGUGUUCCUAUCCUGCAAUCAUUUCUGACAUUCUCAGUAACGGUGUGAAUUCGGCUGGAUUUGACUGGAAAUCUUCUCCUUCAUUCACAGAGCUUGAAAUGAAAACGUUGGAUUGGUUGGUCGACUUGCUCGGGCUUCCCGAUUACUUCAAGAAUUCCGAUCCAGGCCCAGGAUGCGGAAUCACUCAGACGACAGCCACUGAGUCAACCAUGUUGGCGAUGAUCAAAAACAACCCAGCAGCCCUACCUGCAUGUGGAGGACUCAAGAAAACUGUGCGACAAUUGUUGGAAGAUGUCCGCCGCACGGUGGAAGAGGAAGAUCCGGACGUAAUUACCUCUCCAUAUCACGAUCCGAUAGUGUUCCGUAGACUUAUUGCCUAUUUCACAGAUCAGGUCGGCAUAAAUCUAGAAGAAGAAGUUACAUGUGCUCCUGCGUUGGAAGCCUUGACACUCGUCCUAAACCAUCUACGUGUGCCAAGUGGGCGUCGAGCAAAUGCUCUCAAAAUAUACUUUGUGCUGAGGAGCCUCGGUUUCGGCUACAUCCAGAGCGAGCUAAGA